UGUUAAAAAAUAAAAAUAAUUUAUUUACUAAGUAAAAAAGGUAUUAAAGAGCAAUAAUAAAUUAAUAAACUUAUAUAAGCUUAAAGGCUUUGCUAAAGAAAUAUAGUUAUCCAUUAGAGGGUUUAGGGUUUUUGAAAUAAUCAUAAUAAUUAAUAUUUUUUAAGCUAUUUUGGUAAUUCGAUUUAUAUAUUUGGAAGAGUAAUUUUUAUGCUAUUUUAAGAAAGUAACGAUCUAAUAAAAGGUGCUAUGAUAAGGCGUUAAUAGUUUAUAAUUAACAUGGAAGAAGGAGCUCCCUAAAAAAAUAUAAGUCUAUAGGAAUUGGAAGGUGAAAGCACAUGUUAAUAAGCCUAAAGCCUAAGAAAUGACAAAAAUGAAAAUGUUUCUCCAGUAUUUAAUUUGAAUGAAUCUAAAAUUCUACUUUACAAUACAACAGAUGCUUUGAAUUGCAUAACAGGUUAAAAUUAAUAUCUAAAUGUAUUGAAUGAAAAUAACUUAAGUAAAAGCCAAGAAUCAUAAAUAUAUUAUCAACAUACCAUGUUAGAAAGUUAAAGCAAAGAUGAAUGUUUGUAUGAAAAGAAAGAUAAUUAUUUGAAAAAAUAAUCAUAAUUUGAUAAAUUUUUGAAAAAUGAUGAUAUAAAUCCUACUCAUUUAUUUGCUUGUGGCUUCUAUUUUUUGGGAAGGAGUGAAGAUGACUAUAGCUGGUUAAUGCAAUAAAAUAUUAUAAAUAACAAUUGGCAGCAUAAUUAUAUUACUUCAUUCUAUUUCUCUAUAAUUACAAUUAACACCAUUGGUUAUGGAGAUAUUACUCCAGUUACAACUUUAGAAAGGAUAUACGUUUCAGGUAUGAUUACAAUUACUUGUGCUGUUUUUGGAUACUCUAUUAAUACAAUUGGAGAAAUUCUAAAAUAAUCUUAACUGAAACAUAAAUCUUUUAAAAUAUAAUAAAGGGAAGUAUUAAAUUAUUUGUUGCAAAGAAAUGUCUCAAAGUAGUUGAGAAUAAAAGCUAUUAGAUAAUUAGAAAGUAUAUCAGCUCAUGAAAGUUUUAGUUAAGGUGAAUAUGUUCUUUAAAAACUUAAUAAUUAACUUAAAGAUGAAAUAAAAAUAGAUCAGUAUGGAUAGAUUCUUUUUAAUAAUAAAUUACUUACUAGCAUAUUUUCAAAACCAUUUUUAGAAAAGCUUUGUCUAAAAAUGAAGGAGCUUAAGUUUUUGAGUCUCAAUAAAGUAAAUCCUUCAAUACUUUAGAAGUUGGGAGUAUUAUUGGACUCAAGUAUUUUUUAUGCUCUACAGAUUACGAAUAUACUUUAAAAGCUUAAACUUUAUCUAGGCUAAUAUUUUUUGAAUAUUAAGAUUUUAUUGAUUUAUUACACCAAUUUCCUAACGAUCAUAAAUGUGAGUGCUGUAAAUAAUUUAAUCAUGAGAUACAUAAUUGUCCAUCUAUCUCUAUAAUCUCAAAUAGAAACAUAAUAAUAAAAAGACAUUAAUUUUCUUCAUUUUAAUGUCGAUCUGAAAUCAAAAGAAAAAAAGAUAAGAUAGACUUUAAACUAAUUAGAUGAUAAAUUUUUUUUAUAAAAUAUUCCAAAAAUUAACUUGGUAAAAGAAUCUUAAACCAAUUUAAAAAGUAAUUUCUUGAUAGAAAAUUAAGAUGAUGACGAAGAAAUAGUAACAAACACCUUUCUCUAAAAUGAAUAAACUAGCAUUUAACAAGAGAGUUUAUCUGUAACUUAAAAUAAAUAGAAUUAAAAUGGAAGCUAAAUUCUUUCAAGUUACUUAGAUAUUUAUAAAAAAAAAACAGAAGAUCUAUAAUCUAAGGUAUUAUUAUCAUCUGUUUAUGAAUAAGACAAGUAACCAAAUAUUAAUUCUCUUUAAAUAAUGUAUCCAGAGCUGAUAAGUAAAAAACGAAUUUCUUUUGAUGACGUAAUAGAUCAAGAUUUAUUUGGAAGUAGCAAUAAGUCGUAUUAAAAAAUAAAUAAUAAUUUAGAUUAGUUAAAUUAAGAUAUUUUAAAAAAAUAAAACUACUCUUAAAGUAAUCGAGAAAUAACAGAAAAUUAAGAAUAAGGUGGGAUAGAUAAUGAUUCAUCUUCAAUUCAUAAUAACAAUACACAUGGUUCUUCUAGCUUAAUGAGCAAUAGAGUUCCUUUUAAUAAGUCUAUUAGAAGGGGUUAUAAUUAAAAUAAUAAACUAGCUGAACAAUUCUUAAAUAAUCCUGAUUUUUUCAAAUUAAUAUGCCAAAAUAUUGACAAUUUAAGUAAUCUAAAUAAAAAAUUAAGUUUAACAGCUUCAUAAUAGCUAUUUAAUAGAAGCAUAAAUUAAAUCUUAGAUAGUGUAUCUUAAAUGAAUCCGUUUGAAAAUUUAUUUGAUAGAUAAAAAGAUUUUAAAUUAUAUUUUCCAAAUUUUAACCUAGAAAGAGUCCUUCAAGCCUAUAAGUAAAAAUAAACAUCGAAGCUUAGGUACUUUAGAAUUAAAAAAUAAAGUUUUCUUUAAAAAAAUAUUGGGAUUAAAAAAAAGACUUAAGAAGCAAGUAUAGAAAAAUCUCCUUAAUCUUUAAGCAAUAAAACAAAGUUUUUUUAGAAAGUGAUUAUAUGA